CUUUUCCUCAGGCAAAAUGGGCCAAAAAAGAGAUUUAACUGACUGAAUAGUCAAAAAUUGUAAAAAGUCUUUCAGAGGGAUGCAGCACUCUUGAAAUUGCUAAGAUAUUGGGGCGUGAUCACAGAACCAUCAAACGUUUUGUUGCAAAUAGUCAACAGGUUCGCAAGAAACAAAAAGAACGCAAAUUAACUGCCAAAGAUUUGAGAACAAUCAAACCUGAAGCUGCCAGGAACCCAUUAUCCUCCAGUGCUGUCAUAUUCCAGAACUGCAACCUUCCUGGAGUGCCCAGAAGUACAAGGUGUUCAGUGCUCAGAGACAUGGCCAAGCUGCCAGUGAUGUCCAGAUCUUAGACGCAGACUAAAACUCCCUCCCAUCAUGGACUCCAAGAAGCCGGGCAUGCUGCGGAAUCUCCGCCAGAAGAUACUGCCACAGUUCCGGCGAGGGAAGACGAGCCCAAGCAAGCAACUCGUUCAGCUCGAACACACCAUGGACCAUCGGAUGAGCUCCUCCGUUCCUGACAUACGUCACAUGAGGCAGGAGUACCCCCACGUCUCCUCCAGCACGCAGGUCCAACAGUACAACUCUUCCAGCUACAGCAGCCCCUCAUCUCCGCAUGGGAAGCCUGUUAGAGGCCCAGAAGGAGGUGGGAGUGGCCUGAUGAUGAGAGCGGCUGGUGGAGGAGCUGGGAGGAGUGUACCUGCAGACUGCACAGACUGGGCUUCCUCCCAGGAGUCAUUCAACAGUCUCUGUGUGGAGGAGAACAGCUCUCCAGAGAAAAACUACAGACCUGCCGGGGGCAUGGAGCCCGAGGAGCUGGCCCUGCCGGAGAUGAUGACCGUCUACAGCCCAGACCCCUCUGUGGAAGUGUCCCAGGACGGCUCACAGUAUGAUAAUCAUGAUUUCAACGGUCAAGGGUUAAAAGAAGGGGACAACCAAAAUUGUGAGAUGGGCGAUGAUUUCCUGAGUCCGUCGGGGAGCAUCAGGGAUCCUCCCAGGUCCUUCCUGCUCACCAUUAACCUGAAGGAAGGACGCAACCUGGUCAUCAGGGACCGCUGUGGUACCAGCGACCCGUAUGUCAAAUUCAAAUUGGACGGGAAAACAUUCUACAAAAGCAAAGUGGUUUACAAGGACCUCAACCCCAAAUGGAAUGAGACCUUCUCCCUGCCUGUGAAGGAUCUGAACCAGAAACUGUACAUCAAGGUAUACGACCGUGAUCUGACAACUGAUGAUUUCAUGGGCUCCGCCAGUGUGAUCCUGAGUGAUCUGGAGAUGGACAAGGUCAACGAGAUGUCUCUGCCCUUGGACGACCCGAACAGUCUGGAGGAGGACAUGGGGGUCGUGAUGUUGGACAUGAGUCUGUCACUCAGAGAUGGAGACGGCAAAAGAGGCAGUCGGUGGCCCCAAAAAAGAAAACGAAGUAUUAGGUCGGGAGGCUCUUCUCAGAGCUUUCGUCUGUCGGAGACGCUGAGGAAGGGUCAGCUGUGGACUUCUGUUGUGACAGUGACUCUGGUCAAGGGUCAGGAUCUGCCGCUGGACUCUCAGGGAGGCCAGCUCUUUGUUCGCUUCAGACUGGGAGAGCAGAGUUACAAAAGCAAGAAUCACUGCAAAGUGUCCAACCCUCAGUGGAGAGAGAGGUUCACUUUUAACCAGUACAUGGACAGGCCAGACCGCCUGGAGGUGGAGCUCUGGUCCAAGGAAGGACGAAGGAACGAGGAGUGUUUUGGAACGUGUGACGUUGACCUGUCUAGGAUACCAUUCAAUCAGAGGCAGCUGUUCACAAACAUCCUGGACCAGGGGAGAGGACACUUGGUCUUCCUAAUCAGGAUGAUGACGUGCAGCGGCGUCUCCAUCUCUGACCUCUGUGCCGCGCCGCUUGAUGAACCUCAUGAACAACAGAACCAGCUGGACAACUAUAGUUUGAAAAGGUCCCUGAAAAAUCUCAGUGAUGUUGGUUUCCUUCAAAUCAAAGUUAUCAAGUCUGCAGAUUUGCUGGCCGCUGAUUUAAACGGCAAGAGUGAUCCCUUCUGUGUGUUGGAGCUGGGGAACGACAGACUGCAGACCCACACGGUCUACAAGAGCCUCCACCCAGAGUGGAAUAAAGUCUUCACAUUCCCUGUCAAAGACGUUCAUGAUGUUCUGGUGGUGACCGUCUUUGACGAGGAUGGAGACAAGGCGCCAGACUUCCUGGGAAAAGUUGCCAUUCCCCUGCUCUCGAUCCGCAGGGGACAGCAGAUCGCCUACCCGCUGAAGAAAGAGGACUUAGGUGGGCUGUCGAAGGGGAGCAUCACUCUGGAGCUGGAGGUUAUUUUUAACCCUGUCAGAGCGAGUAUAAGAACCUUCCAACCACGAGAGAGAAGAUUCGUGGAGGAUAAUCCCAAAUUUUCCAAAAAGGUGCUGGCCAGGAACGUGCUGCGUGUUCAGACGCUGUACAGGGCUAUCAUGUCGACUAUGCAGUACAUCAAAAGCUGCUUCCAGUGGGAGAGCGUUCAGAGGAGCCUGCUCGCCUUCCUGGUGUUCGUGAUGACAGUGUGGUACUGGGAGUUCUACAUGCUGCCCCUCUUCCUGGUGCUGCUUAUCUUGUGGAACUACUUCCAGGUCCGGUCCGGUCGGGUCAGUCAGGACUUGGACAACAUGGAUUUGGGGGAUGAAGACGAGGAUGAUGAAAAGGAGUCAGAGAGAAGGGGGCUGAUGGAGAAAAUCCACAUGGUCCAAGACACUAUCAUCACCCUUCAAAACCUGCUGGACGAGAUGGCCUGUAUUGGGGAGAGGAUUAAAAACACUUUCAACUGGUCGGUGCCGUUCCUGUCCAGCCUGGCUUUCCUGAUCUUUGUCAUUGCAACACUCCUUACAUACUACGUCCCUGUUCGCUAUGUAGUUUUAAUAUGGGGUAUCAAUAAAUUCACCAAGAAAUUACGGAACCCGUACAGCAUUGACAACAAUGAGGUGCUUGAUUUCCUUUCGAGGGUGCCUUCAGAUGUGCAAAAGGUUCACUACAGUGAGAUGAGAGGCAGCAGGAAGAAGAAGCUCUUGUAGGCUUCCUACUUAAAAACUGUUUCCAAAGGAUCUGCCUGUCUUUGGUAGUAGGUUUGAAUCUUAAUUCGCUGUGGUGAUUAACAGUUUGGAACGGCUCAUAUCAACCAGCACCUAAAGACCUUCCAACCAAAGAAGUCCAUACUGAGGACCGCGCAGAGCUAACGGAGGAGCAAUUUGUAAUAUUAUUUCCAAAGAUGGAAGAUGUUGUAUUGUUUGUACAGUUUUCUCUUUAAGCCAAUCAAUCAGAAGCUACUUUAUAUUAUAUAUUUCCUGGCCCCAGGUUGUGUUCUCCUGAAACCAGCUGAAAUAUCAGUUUGUAUUAUACUGAAUGUAUAUGCUUGGUAUGUAACAUUUGUGUGUAUAUUUUUAAAUAAUUUACAUUGAUAGAUUCCCAAAAUGAAUAAUCAAAAAUAGUUGCUGAGAUGAAAGUUAAUUUCAUAUGGGUUACUUUAAAAAUUGCAUUUCAUUAUAAGGCAUAUUCAUACAAAGGAGUUGCAUUGCAAGUACAAGGUCUUUGCAGUUUUAAACAUUAUGAUGAAUUAAGGUAACAAUUAUUGUGCCUUUGUCCCUACAGCAACAUAAGUUGGUAGCAAAUAUUAUGUGUCAUAUUCUUUUAUUUCUUACAUUACCUUUUUAAAAUAGACAAAGAGGUAUGUGCAUACAAUAUUGACUGACUGAUUUUAUUCUAACAUGACAGUACAGACUUAUUUUUAUAUUGCAAAAAUGAGUGCCUAGGCAUUUAGUUUUACAUUUCCGUUCAUCCUACUCUGAGGGUGCACUGUGCUCUGUUGUAUUUUACUCUUUGCUUGCAAAUGGGAUGGGACCAGAUCUGUACACUCAACUUUAUUUAUUAAUGACAAUCCUUGAUGAAGACUUUGUGUCUCUCAUUUCCAACAGCAAUAAACGCACCA